AUUUGUGUGUAGUUGUCCAAUUUGGAUGAUAUUUUCAAACCGGAGCGCAUGAGCAAUGUAGGAGUACCAAGUUUUGGAGAUUUCAAUUUUGAUGAGCUGCGAGUUCAACGGCAAAGGAAUAGUACUGAGUGUGGUGUGCACGUCAUGCAGUGGAUGCGCUAUGGAUCCAAGGAUCUUGAUAGAGUGGUGAGUAUAUCGUCAAACACACUCAGUUGUUUAAUUUACACUUUUUUUAGUUGUAACGAAAUGUUACAUGGCAUAAUGCAGAUAGGAGAAGAACACAAAUUACCGGCUCGAAAGGAGAUUCUAUGGUAUCUGGCUACACAUUUUGAAAACCUUGCAUGAGAAAAUCUUUUCAAGCAUGUAGUAGAUGAAUGCAUGGAACGAGGCAAAGAGAGACAGAGUUCAAACAAAAAAGCAAAGAAAUGAAGUCGUUAAGUUACAAUGUUGCAUUAUUUGGACCAUACAUUGAAUUUGUAUUUGCGAGAUCGUUUGAUUUUGGAUUUUGAAUGUUUAUCGUUUAUUAGAUUUGUUAUACAAUUAUGGAUGUGACUGAAUUUACGAUUUCAAUCGUCUAGAAAAAGUGGUCGACCACAUACUCAAAGCGGGCAUACCCAAAGGCAAAGCACAUGUCAACCUCAUGACGCUUAAGGUCGACCUAUGAUACCGUAGCAAAGUAAAAAACCAUGUACAACAUGGAUGGAAUCUCGUAAGUUUGGCCUUAAUAAAAUACGGUCGACCAUUCGUGUCAAGAGGUCGACCUGUUUCACAUUUAUAAACAAUGGUCGACCAUUUCAGUAAAGAGGUCGACCUGUUUCACAUUUACCCAAGACGGUCGACCAUUUGUGCAAAGAGGUCGACCUGAAUGAAUCAUGUCCUUGUACAAUUAGGAUUUUGUGUACUUGUCCUUGUCGAAUUAUGAUUUUAUAUAUCUUUCACCAAUUGGAUAAGGAAUUCGUCUACAUUAUCUAUAAAUAGAUGGGAGUCUGAAUACUUUAAUCGUACUUCGAUUUAUGCAAUUUGUUGGAGUGAAGUUGUAAUAUCAUCGCUCUUAUUGUGAUCGGGUGUUGGUGGCGGUUUAUUUUUAUUCCGGUAGACCGUAACAAUAAGUGGUCGACCUCUUUGCUAAGGUAUGUCUCGUAUGUGCUUGUUAAUGCUUGUAUGUGGUUAAAUUUUUCCUACCAUUCGGUCGACCACCUUCACCAUACGGUCGACCGUUCUUUUGUAAUUAUAUGAUUAGGUCGACCUUUCAGUAAAUUCUGGUCGACCGCAUGUUUGUUAUUUAGUAAUAAGGUCGACCAUACAGUUCAUUCAGGUCGACCUGACGAGCGCUAAUUGUGUAUGUUUUUGACAUUAAGUUCGUAUUCCGAUCGUUUCAGGAUGGAUAACAGAGAUGAUACAGAUGAUAGAGAUGAUGAUGAGGUUAACUUCGAUGAGGAACCUAAGGAUGCUCAAGAAGGAGCUAUGGAUAAUUUAGAUGAUACAAAUAAUACGGAUGAUGAAGUGGUUGGGGAUGAUAAUGAAACCGAGGGUGCUGAAGAAGAAUUUAUGGAUGAUGAAGAAGCUACUGAAUAUGAACAACAAAUUCCUUCCAUGGAGUUCCAAACAUUAGAAGAUGCAUAGAAAUUUUACGAUUCCUAUGCUAAAGCGAAAGGAUUUAGCGUUCGACAUAGAGAUCUUCGGAGGAAUCGUCGAGGAGUAGCAAUUGGGAGGACAAUUGUAUGUUCGAGAGAGGGGACUAGAGAUAAGAUGCAUAUAGAUAAAGAAGGUCGGACUCGACAACAUCGUAAGAUGACAAGACAUUAUUGCAAGGCAUCGUAUACUGUACGCUUUGAUCGGAAUAAGAAAAUGUGGGUUGUUUCUAAGUUUGAGAGGAAGCACUCACAUCGUUGCUGCAAUGAAGAAGAAACUCAAUUCCUUCGGUCUCAUCGAAAUGUGAGUGAAGGAGACAAGGCUCUGGCGAUAGGGAUGCGACAGUCAGGAAUAAAACAAUGCAACAUUGUUCAGUUCAUGAAGAAUAAAGUUGGAGGAUAUGAGAAUCUGGGGUACACUCCAAAGGAUUUGGACAAUGCUGUUCAGCAAUCCCGAACAGUUGACGACGAUAUAAUAGGAGAUGUUAACCGAACAUUAAGUUACUUGCAAAGUAAACAUACCUCUGAUGCAGGCAGCUUCUUCAAGUACACAACCAACGAUGAAGGUGAAUUAGGCAAUCUCUUCUGGUCGGACUCCACAUCUAGAGCAGAUUACUAUUUUUUUGGGGAUGUCUUGGCGUUCGAUGCAUGCUACAAGCGCAACAAGUACAAUCGACCAUUUGUUAUGAUGGUUGGUGUAAAUCACCACCACCGUAACAUCAUAUAUGGUUUUGCCCAGUUGGAUAACGAGACAAUCCCCAACUAUGUUUGGUUGUUGAAUACUUUUCUGGAGUGUAUGAACUCUAAGAUGCCCACUUCAGUGAUCACAGACGGAGACAAGUCUAUGCGUGGUGCCAUUGCUACUGUUCUGGUUGGAGUGCCUCACCGUCUUUGUAUUUGGCAUAUUGAGACAAAUGCGACAACGGCCGUUCAUAAUAAGGAGUUCGUUAGCGCAUUCACUUACUUGGCGAAAGCACGAAUAUCGAUUGAGGAGUUUGAGAGGCGUUGGGAGCAUUUGAUUAGUCAGCAUGGUUUGUCUGCAAAUAAGUGGUUGCAGGAUUUGUACGCUGACAAAUUACUGUGGGCAUAGGCAUACUUGAAGGAUAUUUAUUUCGGUGGACUCCAAUCAACCUCGCGAUGUGAGUCAUGUAACCAUUGGAUAAAUGGGUAUGUGGGAACUCAAUACAGCUUGCAACGUUUUGUUCAGGGCAUUGAUGAAGCACUGGAGGGGAUGCGUUUCACGGAGGUGCAGGAUGAUUAUACUUCUAGGCACACAAGGUUGGUCUGCAAGCAUGCCCUUCGCACUUGGGAAAUGCAAGCUGAAAGUAUCUACACUCAUCGUACAUUUGCUAUCUUCAAGUCUGAACUAGAGAACGAAGCUUCUUAUGUAUUAGCGGAGAGAAGAACUGAAUCAGAUGGAACAGAGACAUUCAUACUGAAGAACUACAUGAACCCAGAUCGGAUAAGGCGGUUAACAUUUACUACGUCCAAUCAAGAUCUAAAAUGAGAGUGUGCAUUAUUUGAAUCUAAGGGGUUUCCAUGCAGACACAUGCUUACAGUAAUAAAAAAUAUGGGAUACACCGCACUACCCUCGUCGUGGUUCAAGCUUCGAUGGACCCAAAAUGCGAAAACACUAAAUCGUCAUCCUGGAGUUGGAGGUGAUGUGGCAGAGAAAAUUGGUCGAAUGAUAAGACAUGGAGGAUUGGCUCUAAAGUGUAAGCGUUUAUGUGACAUCGCGUGUGGUAGUGAAUCUGCUUUUAAUCAUGUCUCUAAGACGUUGGACGACCUUACUCAAUGGGCAAUUGAGUUCGCGAGGGAGAGAACAGACAACACCACACCGGCAAACCCUCCAGCACCCCUUCGAAGUGUGAAAGAUCCAAAAAUUGGGAAGACCAAGGGGACAUUCAAGUCAGCACGAACUGCAUCGGGCAAAAGUUUAAGAAAGUGUUCGAAAUGUGGGAAAUAUGGUCAUUUUCGCCCUAAAUGCCCGAAACAAAGUCCCAAAAAACAAUCUUAAAUUUCUUCUAUUGUUUUUAUGAGUUUAUUUAUAUUUUAAUAACUGUGAUUGCAUUGUAAUUUUUUUCGAAUUAUCUUAAUAAUUUAUGAGUUAAUUGAUUGUUGGUUGAAAUAAACAAUAGCAAUAAAACGGUCGACCUCAUACAAAUAACGGUCGACCUGAACACACACGGUCGACCGAACAAGUUGGUAAAGUCGACCGCGUAUUUAAUUCGGCCGACCAAACCGGUUUGUUUGCAACAUCCGACCAAACCUCCCCAAUCCUCUAUUUAAGGAACCCUCUCCCACUCAUUCUACACCACAAUCAGAACCCUAGCCCACCACAUCCACUCAUUCUUCCUCUCCUUUCCCUUCUUCAUCUUCUUCUCCAUUUUCCAAAAACUCCAUUUUCCAAAAACUCAAAGAAAGCUUCAUCCUCAUCACUUAGAAGAAGAACAAGGUAUAGCUUUCAGUCCUCUUUUUCUUUUGAGUCGAUUCUUGUCUUCUUCUUUUUGUUUUCAAAAAAUUUAAAGAUGUAAAAGAUAGAUUUUUCCUUCUGUUCGUCAGAAGCGGUCGACCUGUUCAUCAUCGUGGUCGACCGCAACUGGCUUUUAAUCGAUUUUAUUUCUGUUUUAUGGACUGAGGUCGACCUAUGUGAUAUUGAGGUCGACCGGUGAAGUUCGAGUUGAGAUUUCUGGCCUUAUUAUUUAGAUCUGUAGCUUUAAAAGAUUGAUUUUCCCUUCUGUUUGCCAGAUGAGGUCGACCUUCUCAUAUUCGUGGUCGACCGCAUCUGGCUUUCAAUCGAUUUUUCCUUUUGUUGUACAGUCUGAGGUCGACCUAUGAUGAUAUUGAGGUCGACCUGUGAAGUUGUGCUACGAUAUUAUUUACAUCUAUAGCUUCAAAAGAGGGACUUUGUCCUUCUGUUUGCCAGAUGAGGUCGAUCUUUUCAUAACCAUGGUCGACCGCAUCUGGCUUUCAAGCGAUUUUAUUUCUGUUUUA